UCGUCCUACUCCCGCAGAAACGGACACUAUCAAUUGGCGCUUAAUUUUUUGGGGUUUAGCCCUAAUGUCGACUCGCCGGCGUUACCCCGGUCCCGGAGUAAGAAUUGCACAAUACAUUGAAUCUGAGGAUGAAGGAGAAGACUAUGGAGAAGAAGACGAACAAAGCGAAGAGGAGGAGGAGGAGGAGGAGGAGGAGGAGGAGGAAGAUACCGAAAGCCAACCCAGGGAUGUUGUAGUCUCACCUAAGGUUUCACAGAAGGAGAGCCAAGAGAAUCAGAAAAUGUCACAAGGUAUAUGUUCAUCUUCAGGAUCGCAGGAAGAUGUGGAAUGGAAACACGGCGAGACUGAGGGAUUGUUCUGUUUGAUUUGUAUGGAAGUUUGGACCAACGAUGGCGAACACCAAGUCUGUUGUCUUCCAUGUGGACACUUGUAUGGGUUUUCUUGCAUCAAGAAGUGGCUACAGCAGCGGGGAAGUGCAGGAAAGUGUCCGCAAUGCAUUAGAAAAUGUAGCCUGAGAGAUGUCCGGAAAAUCUAUGCAUCACGUGUUGCUGCAGUUGAUGAUGAAGCACAAAAGAGAAUCUUAUUUCUGGAGGCCAAGUUAAGUUCAAUUGAACAGAAGACUGCAAGUUGGAGUAACAAAGAAGCUCAAUGGAAAAAAAUGGAAGCAGAGCUACGAUUAGAAGUUAAUAAGCUGAAGAAGAAGAUAGCUGAUAUGGAAAGUAUGGCUAUGAGUGCGCAGAGAAACUCUAAUGUGGCUUCUCAGAAUCAAUAUAUACAUGGUCAUACAAACUACCAAGAACAUCACGGACAUGCAACUUCUUGCAGCUUCAGACAUCAGGGAGAUUUGCUAGUCAGUGGUGGCCGUUUAUUUGACAUAGAUGGUGGUAGGAAAGUUGUGUUAUUGGCUCGUAGGCUCUCAGGUGUUGGUGGAACAUUUGUGCUUACACAAAUGAGCCUACAUUCGGGUGAGAUUGAUGAUAUUUUGUUGCCUCCUACCACAAGAGCAAUUAAAGAUCUUCACCUUUCCCCUCACAAUAACGGGCUUGCAGUAUUUGGUUCUCUAGGAAAAAAAUUAUCUGUUAUAAGCUUGGAGAGCCACAACACUGUCUUAUCCUAUGAUCUACCAGCUGCACCUUGGUCUUGCUCCUGGGAUCCCAACAGCUCUCACUCUAUUUAUGCUGGACUACAGAAUGGAAUGGUUUUAGUAUUUGACAGGCGUCAAACAACGGGACCUUUCGCAUCGUUGACUGGCUUAACAACCAAUCCAGUACAUACUAUCCAUCAUCUCUCUACCAACUCCACUCCAACUUCUGAUGUCCGUGCCCUCUUGUCAGCUUCCUCUAUCGGGCUGUGUCAGUGGAACAUUAAUGGCAGCGAGGGAAGCCCAUCAUUAAUUUCAGAAACAGGAAACCCAGGAGUUUGCAUAUCAUCCUCGUAUUGUCCUCGCAGUGAUCAUAUAGUGGCUUCUUAUAGACCGAGAGUUGGUGGAUCUUCUGAAGAUACAGUCCAGACUCAACCUUCGUUGACCCAAAGAGGAGUCAAUAGUAAUGGUGUAGAUGGAUUUCAUGUUAGUCUGAAGAGAGGAGGUGGUGAUUCUUAUUACCAGAAACUGUCAUCCACACAAGCUUUUGUAGAUAACAUACGUCUGCCAAGAACAGCGAUUAUAGACUUUGGUGAGGGAAAGAAUCAACAACUAUUUGCAUCUUGUGACGAGUCCAGUCGGGAGCUCGUCUUGCAAGAUCCUUUGAAUUUUGCCGUCUCUCAAAGGUUCCCAAUGUGGAGUCAUCUUCCGCUCCAAGACGUAAAAUACGCUCAUGUAAAUGGAACGGGUCUGCUUGGUCUCUUAAACGAUGAGAAAUUGCAGCUUUUUAGGAACGGAUCGCCAUGAAAAAAGAUUGAAUUAUAGUCUUGCAGGGGUAAUAGGAUAGUGUACGUUGAAGGGCAAACAUGCAUGUAAAGCGGUUAAGUACUUGUCUAAUAUCUGUUGCAAUCUGGAGAUGCUAAUGGAGUAGCCAUUACUUUAUAAUAUAUUAUCUUAGUUAUGAAUCUAA